AUGACCAGUGCACAACUCCGGCACGAUAAAGAUGACGCCACUGACUAUAAAAAGCUCUAUGAGCAGAUCUUAGCUGAGAAUGAAAAGUUAAAAGCCCAGUUACGGGACACAGACUUGGAGUUGACAGAUUUGAAACUACAACUAGAGAAGGCCACACAGAGGCAAGAACGAUAUGCUGACCGGUCGCAGCUUGAGAUCGAGAAAAGGGAAAGAAGAGCGCUAGAAAGGAAGAUAUCUGAAAUGGAGGAGGAACUUAAGAUGCUCCCAGACUUGAAAGCAGACAACCAGAGACUAAAGGACGAAAACGGAGCGCUCAUUCGAGUCAUUAGCAAGCUUUCCAAGUAGAGCAGGACCCCCACCCCAAUUUCUGCACCCCUAGUCCCCCUGGCAGUGACUAAUGGAAUUGCACAUUUAGAAAUUAAUUGCAACAGACAUCAGAGGCAAGACUCCUUUUUUCAUAUACUCUUCAGAACUCUUUAGCUCCCUUCGCUCAAAGCUGCAGUGCUCAUUCUCCGUUCAUCCUCUGGUCCAAAUCUGGCAACAUAAUGCCCACACUCCCAAACGAACCACUGAGUUUACAAAGGAAAAUGGUUGUGUGCUGAUCAUGUCAAAGCAUUGUGGGCGGGGAAGCCGAAAAACUAUUUAACCAAUAAGCCUUAUUUGUAGAUUAAAAAAGAAACACUUUCAUCAACCUCUCUCAGCUCUCACUGAAGAACAGAUAUUAUUCAACACCUGAUUUUAUUUGUGCCACAAUCUCUUAUUUGUAUGUUUUUUGUUUUCUUUUUGUUAGCCUUGUUUGCUGUGCAGUUUCCCCCUUGUCUCCCUGUUUGCUCUCCAAGUGCCACCUCCACCCUUUUGUCUGCUCCUGUGGCCAGUACAGGAAGCCCCUGUCUCAUGCAAGCGCACCCUGUCCUGCUUUUGUCUUCCUCCAAGAGGGAAAACUCAUUCUUGCUUUAGUAAUCUGAGGCAAAACUGGUGGAAUUUAAGCUUUCAUUGUAUGUGCAAUAUGCAUUUAUUUUUUUUAAUGCUUUAAUGAUGAGUCCGUCACAGGUAGAUUUUCACUCUUCCACCAUACUCAUGGCCCACUCUGCUCCCCUCUUUUUAUUUUAAGUUUGUAGUGUAGUCAGUUAUACUCUCUUCACUUGUUUUAGCAGGUACUGAGUGAUGCUGUAUAUACCUGAAUGUGUUUGUUUGAGAUCAGCACAUGGCAUGCAUUUAGCUUUCCCGUCUGUUACUAUUAAACGUAUACAAAUUCCAGAGAUCAAGAGGUGUGUUUUAAUUAUUUUAUUUAGAGACAAACAGAUGAGCCUCCCUUAAAGAGACGGCAGUCAUGUUUAGUGCUUUCAGGUUUAGGUAACUGUACACAUAAUUGUGAGAUAAGCGCUUUUCUACAUUUCACUUUCUCUCUGGCUUGGAAGAAGGCUUUUUGUUUUCAUUCCAUUUUAAAGCUGUAGUAUUAUAGCCAAGAUGUUGCUAACCCAGUCUUUUUUACAAUGUCUUCAUGCACUGUCAAUGCUAUGUGAGGAGUCCUGAUGUCAGGAUUGAGCUGAUGCCACCAAUAUUCCACACAUGUAAAUCAAUGUAUGCAUUUCAGUGGCCUUUUUAAGGAUAUUUUAGUAAAAGAAGAGAGAAGUCACUGGGGAUGGAUGACCAUCUACUUUGGUUUAGACUUGUUUUUGUUUUUUCAUCAUCUUGUAAAAUAGGUGUGUGGCUUAUUACAUGCAAGCUGUGCUGUGACUACCAACCACUGAAGAGCUCAUUAAAAUAAAGUUGUACAUUGUAAAGGUU